CGUUACAAAUUAUCGUCUACGCAACAUUGCGCGAUUUUUAGAUAACUAUAUUAGUUGUGCGUUUUUAACAUCAUCUAUCAUCAUCCGGUUAAACAGGUGAGUGGCAAUCAAACUGUGGAUUGGAUGCUUCUAGUUCUAGCUCUAGCAGAGGAGAGGAGAGGAUAGCGGAAGCCCUGCGAUACGAAACCCUAAUUUCGAUUUCAGCCUAUUACGAGGAUGAACAAACUGGGCAGAGGGCAUCGCGACAAAGUCCAACAAUUCAUGACAAUCACUGGAGCAAGUGAAAAAGUUGCUCUCCAGGCUUUAAAGUCUAGCGAUUGGCAUCUUGAUGGUGCAUUUGAUAUCUUUUACAGCCAGCCUCAUGCUAAAUCAUUCACAGAUACACGCCAUUUAGAGGAAUUGUACAACAGAUACAAAGAUCCUUAUACUGAUAUGAUUAUGGCUGAUGGCAUUACCACCCUCUGCAAUGAUCUUCAGGUGGAUCCUCAAGAUAUUGUUAUGUUAGUUGUUUCAUGGCACAUGAAGGCUGCUACCAUGUGUGAGUUCUCGAAACAGGAAUUCGUUGGUGGCUUGCAGUCUUUAGGGAUAGAUUCACUGGAGAAGUUCCGUGAAAAGAUACCUUUUAUGCGUUCUGAGCUGAAGGAUGAUCAAAAAUUCAAGGAGAUCUAUAAUUUUGCGUUUGGCUGGGCAAAAGAGAAGGGUCAGAAGUCUUUGGCAUUGGAUACAGCAAUUGGGAUGUGGCAAUUGUUGUUCGAAGAAAAACAGUGGCCAUUGGUUGAGCAUUGGUGCCAGUUUUUACAGGCACGGCAUAAUAAAGCUAUUUCUCGAGAUACUUGGUCUCAGUUACUGGAAUUUGCAAGAAGUGUGGACCCUACACUAUCAAAUUAUGAUGCUGAAGGUGCUUGGCCAUAUUUAAUUGAUGAAUUUGUGGAGUACUUAACAGAAAAUGGCAUCAUUCAGACGGGGCGGAUGAAGGAGUGGUUGUAAACGAACAAGUUGUAUGAUUUGGAGACUUACAUUUGGUCUCAUGCUUAAUUUGUUAUGACCAUAUUGAUUCAUCAUUUAAGAACCUAAUUAUGUGUAUAAAACACACAAAAUAGGCUGCUUUACCUUGUAUGUUGCAGUCAAAGUCUGGUUGAGUUUGUAAUUUAAUGUCACUAUUUGUUGUGGUCA